AUGACAAUUCCACAGGGCACCACGGAGGCGCAGCUGAUCAGCUCGCUGGGGCCCGCGUUGCAGACGGGCUUGGCAGACUUUCUCGGCGUGGUACCCGCACUGAUCGAGAUAAUAGCAAUGCGGUUUAUCACAGAACGCAGGCGGUCACUGAUAGGUCGUGGUGGAGUAGAAGAAGCCAAUUCUGCUGUGCAGCUUGCUGGUGCAGACGGGGGACGAGGACAAAAAAAACAGCAAGGGGCAGCCGAGGUGGAGAAUGAGAAGGCAACCAGGUCUAACCAUCUUCGAAGCAGUGCCAGUAGUGCAGCUGUCGACAUUGAAACUAUAGAGCGCUGGGACCCGCGGGACGUAAGAACAUCAUCAACAUCUCCAGGUGGUCAUGCUGUUCCACAAGUAGAGCUAGUACACCAAAAGCUGCACGACCAUGCUAAUGGUCGGAAUCAACAGGUUUUACAGAGGAAAUUGUCAACAGCGCAAGGCGUAGAGGAAACUGAAGAAAAAGAACGACUUUUGGUUUUGUCAUCGUCAACACCAGCACCAGUGGCUUACACAAGCUCUGGCGCACUGGAGCCGCGUCAUUUGCAGCUUGCGGGAAACAAGAAAGUAAGCCAGGAGGAUGCAGAAACGACUCGCAGUCGUUUGCUGUCGCACAACGUGCCAAAACCGGUAGAAUUCGACUACAGGUUGAAGGGCUUCGCCACGCCCGAGGCCGCGUCCGCCAAGGCGCAGACCAUGACCCUGGAGACCGAUGCGGAGCUGAGCGCACUGCUCACGUCCGUGCAGACCGCCGUGGCCAACGAUCCGACGAUUACAGGGUUCACCAUCAGCGAGGCGCGGGCCAGCGCGACGAACACCGCGCCGUCGGUGGGCGUGAUCCUCUUGCCAACCACGACGACGACGAGCACGAAGGCGCCCGUGCCGGAGCCGGAGUGGGAGUUCCUCGGGCUACCGUGGUGGGGCGUGGUGCUGGUUGGCAGCGGCGCGGCUCUGAUUCUAGGCGUCACCAUAUGGGCCACCGUGGUAUUAGUACAGGAUGCGAAGGAGAAAAAGUACAGUUUUAUAUUUUGAUGCCGAUGCUUCAAUCUGUAUACUGUAUGUUGCCCCCGAAGUGACUUUGGGCCAGACAUGGAGCAUUUCCGAUAUUUCACAUAUUUCAUCUACAACAUUCGAGUCCAGUUUGUUGGUUCGUUCCCGCCCAACUUCUUUUUAGUUUUUAUGCGGAUCACCGGUCUCUCUCGCCGAGUUGCUGCGAAAGUACAACAUGUGCUUGAGGAAACGAAACUGCAUGUCAGAUGGUUGUACUACAAACAUCAAAUUCAAACUACAGCAAAAUUGCCUCCGAAUUGGAUCCCAGCUCCUCUGAACCGUCCAGCCCCCGCGAGGGCCAGAAGAAAAAGCGUGGUUUGCUCGGUGGCUUCGACGUCUUCAACCUGUUCAGCAGUGGGUCGGAGGAAGAGAAAGUUGUCGAGCAAGAGAUCGUGGAGAUAGUCUCGGAGCGGUCCUCCCCGGUCCCGAGCACGGAUAUCGAGUGGGACUCGCCGAAGGCCCGAGACAACCUGGAGAAGCUCCGCGCCUCCUCGCCGCACCACCGAACCAAGCCCGGCCACCCACUGCACCACCACUGGAACAGGAUCGCACCUAUGCAAAAAAAAUUCCAAUGUCAAUUUUGUCGAAUACAAAUACCAUAGAUACAGAUACACGAACGCGCACAGAAGCUGCAGGAGCGAUCACGCAUAGACAUAGCCGCAGCAGGCGUCAAAAAUAGACCAAAUCCAGGUACUGGAUGUUGUAGUGUCUGUGUACUGUUGAGGAGAAGCUGUAGAAGAGCCUUGCAGCCCUUUUCAUGCAUUCGGCCUGUCAACAUGAUUUGCAUGCGCACGGGAAAAGAACAAUUGACAUUGAUUUUCUGUGGAUAGCAACAGUCCCGGUUGCAGAAGAAGAUAUUGGGCCAUUUCCGCAGCAACCCCCCGCGCAGGGAGUUCCGCUGCAUCCAAAUCCGAGAGAGAUGAAACUCCUGAAGCAAAGCAACAGGCCGGGGCAAGGGAAAUUCAGGAUUUGACGUGGUUGGUACUAUGUGGUGACUCCUGCCUUCGGGCGGCUAAACCUGAUGUGCAACAGGUUGCUGUUCCUUCAUUUUACAACGCAGCAAAAAAAAAGCGAAUCCUUUAUUCGAUAGACGCUGAAGCAAAGGCGAAUAGCGAAAGCUGUACCAGACCCUCCAAGUUCGAAAUGGAACAAAUAUGAAUCGUUGCUUUGUUUUCAUUUAUUACCGCUAAAUACAAUUGUGCAUGAUUGAAGGUGAUCGUUGGUGGUUGCUUCUGCGCCACAUUGUCCAAUGCAGUGUCGCAUGUUGAGUUAUCUCAUGCGCAUGCUGUAGUGAAAGAUUUAGAUUGAUUAGACACGACCGGUGCUGCAAUCUGUGCUGCUUACUACUGAUUGAUUUAUUUUUCAUUUUCUAUACGCAAAGUUUGUGCUGUAUACACUUUAACUUUUACAAAUGCAAGCCAUGCAUUUUCGCUGGUCUACUGCAUAAUGAAUGCGAUAGAAAAUUUACCUUUUCACAAUCACACUUCCAUUUUGAUGACACGUAUUAAGAAUCACUUAACAUUUAUUUUAUUUAGUUCACAUGUGCUUCCGCUACUGCUUGAUGUCAGCUUUUUCAUCUCACUGUGCACAAAUUUGGUGAUAAUUUGCUCCACCUCUGUCGGUUAUUUUGUACAAUGAAAGAAAUCCACGUAUAAAAAUGAAUCACAAAAAAU